GGCGUCUGGGACGCGUAGUUCAAAACACGCGAAGGAAAGAAGGAUCACAUGUAACUAGCUAGGAGCCAUAUUUUAAUAAAGCAGUUUAUAUUAAAAUACUCCCACUCAGAUCAUUUUUUGCACACGGAAUUUUCGCGGUGAACUGCAAAGGAAAUGAGGCGUAGACCUCUUGUGCCUCGGCUUAUAACUCCCACAAACUGCAGCGAAAAUGGAAUGAUGAACAGCCCAGCAGGCAUCAAAGCUUCUUCACCCUCAAUUGGCCAUGAUGGGAAUGGUAAUGCAGAGGGGGAGGAGUCUGUACCUUCUCCUGGAAACCACAGUACAUCAGAUGAAGAGUGGCACCCCACUACUGACAGACCACAAGCAGAUGAUGCAAAGCCAAUAAGAAGAAAGACAAGGAAACACGACAACCAUCUGCUCAGGUGUCCUCUUCAGGGCUGCAAUGGAAAUGACGAUGUUGGUACUGAAAAGCAACAGCAGGAAGAAGUGGAGGCUAGAAAUGAUGAUCACUUCUACUGCGAGGAGUGCCAGUCUUUCUACUUGGAAGAGUGUGAAACCCAUGGCCCUCCUUCCUUCACCCACGACUCCCCGAUUCCAUUUGGGGUUCCUCAGAGAGCCCUGCUCACUCUGCCCCCAGGCCUAAUGGUUGGAUGUUCCAGCAUCCCAGGGGCAGGCCUGGGGGUGUUUAACCAGCGAGAGCUUGUGCCUGUUGGAAUGCAUUUCGGACCAUUUGAGGGAGAGGUGACCAGCAGGGAAAAAGCCCUUGAGAGUAGCUACGCAUGGGCGAUCUGCAGGAAGGAGGGUGUGUAUGAAUAUAUUGACGGUUCACGAGACUCUUACUCCAAUUGGAUGAGAUAUGUGAACUGCGCCCGCAAUAAAGAGGAGCAGAAUCUGGUGGCUUUCCAGCGCCAGGGCGGUGUCCUGUAUCGGUGCUGCCGCCCCAUCACCCCAGGACAAGAGCUGUUGGUGUCGUGUGCUGACCAUUACAGCAAGGAGCUGGGAGCCAUCUGCAAUUCCCUGUGGAUCAAAAAGUGCACUACUGCAGCUGCAAAUUUGGAGAAGCCCGCUCAGGUCUUCAAGUGUCCCCAGUGCAAGUUUUCUUCCAGUGCAGAGCACCGCGUCCAGAGACACGUGGAACAGUCCCACUCGCGGACCGCUAAAGCCAGGGGAGAGUCAGGGGAGAGGUCACACUCCUGCUGCGAGUGCGGGCAGAGCUUCGGCUCGCUGUGCGACCUCCGGAAACACGAGCGGACCACCCACACGGGCGGGGAGUCCCACUGCUGCUCCGAGUGCGGGCAGAGCUUCAGCCAGCUGAUCGGCCUGAAAAGACACAAGCAGCGGCACUCCAGGGAGAGACCCCACGCCUGCACCCAGUGCGAUAAGACGUUCUGCUGGUCUGCCGGCCUGCAAAGGCACGCGCAGAGCCAUGUGACCGACAAGUCCUACCUCUGCGCCGUGUGCGAGAAGUGCUUUAACCAGUCGGGGGAUCUGAAGAGGCACCAGAAAAUUCACACGGGGGAGAGGCUGUACCUGUGCACCGACUGCGGGAAGAGUUUCAACCGGUUCAGCAGCCUCCGGCAACACCAGCGCGUUCACACCGGGGAGAAGCCGUACUGCUGCACGCACUGCGGUAAAUGCUUCUCGUACUCGGAGCAGCUGAAGGUUCACGUACGGACGCACACGGGAGAGAAGCCGUUCCUCUGCACAGAGUGCGGCGAGAGCUUUCGGCAGUCGGGAGAUCUGAAACGUCACGAGCGGAAACACACGGGGGUGAGGCCCUGCCGCUGCGAUGAGUGCGGAAAGAGCUUCAGCCGCCCAAACAGCCUUAAAGCGCACCAGCUACUGCACAAAGGGGAGAGACCGUAUCACUGCCCUCAGUGCGACAAGUGUUUCAUUCGGACUGGCCAUCUGAGAAGACACCUUAAAAAAAUGCACUCAUCAGAAUUUGCUGUGUGUAUAUAAGCCUUUUUUUCCAGAUGAAUUUGCAUGAUGCACAACCCAAAAUAUGUACCAUCAGCGCUGUGUAUUACAAUAUUGCUACCUCAAGGAAAAGAUGUGGCCUAAUUGUGAAAUGAUAAAUCCUAUGCAACUACUACUAGUUAUUUGUAAGUCCGCUGCCUAAUACUGUACUGUGGUGGAUGUAAGCAUGCAAUAUAUUUGUAUGUUAACAACCAUAAUGACUGUUUCAUAUUGUGUUUAUGGUAUUUAUAAUUUACAUUCCUGGAAUCUAUGCUCGUCACAGUGUUUGGUUUAACUGGUGGGACAUUGUUACACCUCUGUAGCCAUAUCC